ACUUCUUCAAUAGCUGAUAAUUUUCUGUUAGGUUGCUGUUGCAUCGACCUCUACGCAUCAAGAUUAUCUUGGGCGAUCCACGCGGAACAAAGUUGGAGACCACUUAAGAUUACAAACAAAAACGUAGGAGAAUUGAGAGCCACUGAUAUGCCACAUUUUUCCUUCGCUGAUCGACUGUUUCUUUCUCGAUCGGCACCGUCGUUCCUUCGAACGAUCGUCGUUCUCUUUCCCGCCACGGUCGCCCCACCACGCUGUCCUCGCGGGCAAAACGCUUACCUCGUCUCACCUGUUUUCUUAAUUUCUUCGCUACGUGCGUCUGCGAUUUUCGCGCUCGCGUUACAUCGAGACGGCGCGAGAUCGAUAAGAGUCACCGGUCUGCCUGCCGCGGAAUACGCGCUGGAUAAACCGCAUUAUCUUGAUCCACUACGCUCUUGUUCGCUCUUCAUCAACUGGCGAAAAUCGCGUCUGGGUCGUGCACGAUUACCAACCUCGCUAUCGUGAUAGUUUUUCUUUUUUUGUCGCGGAUUUUCGAGCGAAUUCCGUGCAUCGAAAUGCCUUAUCACGGGCGAUAAGGCUUGGUGAAAAUGUGUUGUGGUCGAUAAACGCGCGGAUUCCGACCGCUACCGGGUCGGGCCACUUGCUUUUUAAUUCCUUUGUUUACUAUAGAUCGAAAUGCGGGAUCAUCGGGGCGAAUCGAGUUAAUCGGUUUUAGUCGCGCCGCGGCGUUCGAUACGGUUCGAAUCGUGGCUCGUGUGGAAAGAGAGCGAGGACAGACGCUGUUAAAUCUAAAAAUUCGCCGAAUUGUCGACGAUUUAAGCGUAAACGAUUUAGCGGGUACUUAUUAAUCAGCGUGUCACGGGAUCGCGUUAGAUCUUCGAGGUCAAUGAACUGUCACGCGAUGUGCCUCCGUGUGUACGUGUGCGUGUGAUUUGUCCUUUUCUUUCAUUUUUUUUUUCCAUGUGAAUCGUGCCUCGAACAGGAAAAUGGUAAUCGGUGAGAAGUACGGAGAAUGCGGUGAAACCUCGAAUUCCGAGUGAUUUACGAUCACCGGUCACCGUCGCGAUCGCGGUUGCGAUCGCGGUCGCAGCCCGCGCGUUUAUCGUGCUAUGAAAUCUGUGUAAACCAGUUCCUUCGGUCGCGUGUAAUUUCGUUUGUUAUUCGCGAACGUAUUCGGUUUCGGACUGUAUCCAGUUUCGUUUGGCUGAGAGGUACCACGGUUUUCCUGUGCCAUAUUGGGACCAACUGAUCGCCAUUGUCCUAACACGGGGCACGCUGCGGCUACUGCGUGAGCACCUCUGUAUCAUCACGUGUAAGAAUGCCUUGAAAAAGCCAUCGUUUCGACAGUUUCGCCACGCUUUAAUCGUCGAUGGUUCCAGCGUUAGGUGGUCCAGGGCGAGCAGGACCAGGAAAGAGACGGACAAAUACGCCAAGUAGGCGUGCUAGCCUGAGAAACAGCAUUUACCACGGAAGUUCGCACAUUGUUCAGCCACGAUUUGCUCGAUCGACGAUAGCACUGGAACAAUAAACGUCGCUCGGAAUGGAACAAUCUCUCGCGCGCGGCUGUAACAAUUGCACGAUCCACGCACGGCCAUAAUACGAUUCUAUUGAUCCGAUUCGCCGGUCUGAAGCUGCUGGCCAGCCGGCGGCGUGGCGGAGAAAUUUGCAAUAAUCGGGGAUCGACGAAAGCCGCUUAAUUGUUCGCUCGAACGCGUGUUCGUUCCGCGACCUCGGUGUUUUAUUGACGGUUCAUCCGCAGUGCUUGGAGCGGUUCGCGUGAUUGGAGUUACACGUGAAACGCUCGUUUAUCUCCAGCGAGCCGACCUCGAUGAAGUGCGGCCAAUUUCGCCAGGCCGCCCGAGUCCUUUCGGAUAGCAAAGCGCGGCCAAUUCGUCCGGCCGAGACACAGUGGAAUCUUUUAAAAGAACCGUGAUUUGCUCACGGGGAGGAAAAAAGAAGCUUACUGCACGUGCAAAGAUAUAUCGAGCUUGGCACGAUGACAACGCUGAAGGACGAGAAGAGGGCGACGAAGAAGUCGAAGAAGAGCAACCAGACGACAGUCUCCAGUCGGAGCGCGAAGGCAACGAAGCAGGUACCCUCGAAGAGCAAACAGUCGAAAGUGGAAGCAGGGGGACCAAGGGACGAUCCAUCGAUCCACGAUAGCGGCGACAAUGCUUCGAAAGAUGUGACGGAGGAGACGGCAAGGUCGAGCGGAAGACUCGAACGGAAGUCAUUCCGUCGGAAAAUCGGGUCGCUGAUAAGAGGCAGCGCUGCAGAGUUACCGGCUGCGAUAAAUCGCAGCCUGCAGCCGAUUAGGCGUAGCCUGAGCUUCAGCAAAGACUUGAACCGGGUGCACGAACCCUCGAAACCUCACAGGACCAUCAGCGCGCAGUGGUAUAACAGUUUGGUGUCAUUGGCGGAAGAUGAAUGCCUGGACGAGUUGGAUGACAGCUCGGCAAGGAACAACACGUUCGAGGAACUCUUUCCACCCAAGGUUCAAGUCACUAGGACGCAGAGUCUCAUCGACACCACUUUCACCAGAAUUCCGAGGAGGCGAGUGAGCGAGCUACAGAGUCGAGCCCCUUACGGACGGCACAGCGACCAUUAUGACUCCACCAUAGAUUUAAGUAAUCCGCCUUGCGAAGCUAGCAGCCUUCCCGCCCUCGCGCACACUGCGACGGAUGAAGGCUACAGUGAACCGAGAUCCCCCCACGAAAGGGAGCAACAGGUCAGAAACGAAUGGAGGAACCUGAAAGCUGUUGUCCGAAAUUUGUCUCUGCUGCAUGUCGGCCAAUCCUCUGCGAAGCAUCACUCGGUGCGUUCGAGGUCGUUGACCCAGCUGGACGCUCUGGGCAGCAGAAUGCUGGACACGGGGGAGCACCAUCUGGGGGGUGGUCCCUCGCAGCAGCAACCCCAUCACCUUCACCACCAUUACCAGCUUCAACAGUUGCAGCACCACCCCCAAAAUGUCGAAAGUAACCCACGUUUCCUUGCGCCCACCGCGCCUUCCGUCGAGGGAGCCCACCAGAACCGCACCAGGCACAAGCUGUCUCGGUCACAGGUAUCCAGCAGCGAAUUCUUCAGCGUCAGCUUCGAGCUGUCCGACGACUCGAGCGGCCUGGACCGGGACGAGCUUCUGCCAACGGCGAAGGGCACCUACUUGUCGGAAGCGUUGAACGCGGCGUGCGAGAGACGCGGGAUCGACGUGUCGCGGAUCGAAGUGUUCGAUGGCUUCUCCACGCCAUUGCCGAUCCUCACCACCGACACUUCCAGCCUGGGCGGGAAGCACUUGAGGAUCACAGUUAAGGACAACGACAAAUCGAACUCGAGAUCUUCGAGCCAGAGAAGCAACCAAAGCGUCUCCCUGAGGAAAGCAAGCGGGAGUUAUCGGUGUCGCAGCGGUCGUUUCUUCAGCGUCUCGACGGAAGACUCGAGCGUGGAUUCCGAGGUCGGAGCCAACACAGCGCUCACGUCUGGUCGGAGCUCCGCUGGGGCUGCGGGGCUCAAGACCAGCAAGCAGCGAUGGAGUGGAUUCUUCACGAACACCAAGGGCACCAAGCUUGAUUUACUCACGACACAGCUGGACGAUUACAACAAGCAUGGCGUACCGAAGCCAUCGGACUUCCAACUGUCCUACGAGAUUACCUUUAACGAAGACGCCUUGUACAACCUAGAACACGACUGGCGUGACAUUGUUCAUAACUCGGACCAACUAUCGGAGAAGCAGCAGCAACAGCAGACUGCUUUAUGGGAGCUGGCUCAGACGGAAGUGGCUUAUAUCAAGACUCUAAAGGUCGUGACAGACCUCUUUAUGGCGUGCCUCUGUAGCCUGCAGGCCUCGAAUAUCCUGAACGAGGUCGACAGGACCAAGCUCUUCAGCAACAUCCCCGAGAUCUACGCCGCGAAUCGCUACUUCUGGUCCGAGUACGUUCUAGCGAUGAUAAACGCGUCGAGAAGCACUGGACAACCGCUCGAUCCAAGUCACCUUCUGCAAGGUUUCGAGACAUUCGAGCAAACGUUCGCACCCUACACCAGAUACUGCGCGGAGCAGAGCAAGUGUCAGCAAUACUGCAGGGACCGUUUCAAUGAUAAUCAGCUGUUCACGGUCUAUCUGGUGUGGUGUGAGACUCAAAAGGACUGCAAUCGGUUGAAAUUACUCGAUAUACUGGUGAAACCUAUGCAGAGGUUGACCAAGUACUCCCUGCUCUUGAAGGCUGUUCACAAGAACACGGAGAACGAGGAUCAGCGUGCAGAGUUGACGCAUAUGAUCAAAUCUGUAGACGACUUCGUGGCGUCAGUGAACGCAGCCUUGAAGAGGAACGAGGAAACAGCGCGAUUGGCCAGUGCCGCGUCUCGAAUAGAGAACUACGAUGUAGUCGAGUCCAGGGACGAAGAAUUAGAGAAACUGAUUAAAAUAUAUAACUCGUUUGACAUUACUACAGUUCCAAUGCCCGGUUGCCCGAAAGACGCGCUUAGAAUGCUCCUUCGUGAGGGGGAUCUAAAGCUGAGGGAUGCCGCUAGCAGCAAGAUAGAAGUACACGUACUGUUGCUAACGGACAUGCUAUUGAUCUGCAAACCGUCGACCAAGAAAACCUCGUCCAGUGGGCUGACUGGCACUAUCGGGGGCGGUUUGAAGAUUAUAAGACAACCGUACGUGAUCGAUCGCAUCCGGAUACACGAGCUAAAGGAGCCAAGCAGCUUAGGCUUGGUUUAUCUCAACGAGUACGGAGCGGCAUCAGCUGCUCUAGUUCUCAGCGCUGGAGAAUCAAAAUUAGCCAAGUCAUGGAUGGAAUCGAUACGGAAAGCACAGCAACAAUUUGCUUUGAUGAAAGUACCCCCUCUUGGCAACACGAUGAACUUAGGCACGGUCAGUAGACAACCUAGUACUUUUCUCGGCGAUGUAGAAUUUGAACCAGAGGAAUGCGAGGGUAUUUUGAAAACGCCUCGAGGAAGUAGCAGAGCAUCGAGAGUAAGCAGCCUCGCUCACAGUCACAGUCACGAUACCGCUUCCAGUGGGAGUAUAGAAAUGGAGGGUGUUUCGCCGGGAAGCAGCAGCUUCGUACCCAGUUAUAAUCCCAGCAGAAAUGUCAGUGUGGAAACGAGCGAACCACCGCGAGCAUCGAGCGUGUCGUCGGAAGAAGGAGGUGAGAGUUCUGGGCACAACCACAGACCCUUGCAAAUAAGUCCUAACAAAUUUGAUAAUAGACGAUAUCUGCUGAGUAAGUCACCGACGCCUAACACAUUGAGUGUCCAAGUGCCGGCGUACUCUAGCUUGGGCCAAUCGCUGCCAAACUUGACCCUAGCCACUUCGCCACAAACUUCAACCGUGUCUCCGACACCGCCAAACUCGCUUCUUAUCGUACCCCAAAUAACAAAGAGCAAGGACACUUUGCUUUCACCAGGGCACCGAGGUAUCUCGUAUCCACCACCGUCGCCCCCGAGAGGGGCGCUCAGAAGAGCGUUCGCGAUUCCUCAAUCACGAAAUCCACCUCUCGUUAAAACGAGACACAUAAGCACGUCUGUGACACAGACAGUUCAGCCUACGAUGAAUCUAGACACGGAAGCCAUUGAGGAGAGACGAAGAAGGCUGGAACCUUCGCACAGAAUGCCAUCGACCAGCAGCAUCGCGGAGGAAAAGAAAUGACAAGAACUGGGAUACAAGAGUAACCUGCCGAAAAGAUAAAUUGCUACGGACCAUCUGCAUUUGAUGAGGGUGUACGUGAUACGUCGUGUUUAGAAACAAGAUGUUACUUUCUGUUGUCUGUAUGCAAGUGCUGCACACACUUUCAUGCAGGAUCAGAAAAGGGUUUAAAUAAUUGAGAACGGAUACAACUUGAGGAGGUAAACGUGUCGUACUCCCUGUGCCUACGAUAUGAAUCGAGCAAUUUUACAAUCGAUUGGGGCCAUUCGAAAUCAACGUGAAGUUUGUACCACGACCGUAUCAUUGUAACUAAUUUGAUUCUAGCGGUGUAACUUUUAGAUCUCAUUUUGUAAUUAACUCGUUGUGGCGAGCUGAGACGAAUACGUUUCAAUAUUACCCUAGUUCAUUUAGAAUUCUAAGCGACGAACAGAACAAAAAAAAAAAGGCCUACCUAGUGUAAUUAAUAUUACGACUAUUUAUCGUGAUUUAAGUUUAGAUGACUAUAAUAGUUGGAGUAAGACGCCUUUAGAGCAACAAUUUUAAACUAAACGAGUUCGAGUUUCGUGAUUUAAACGAUAUAAAAACAGGUACGAACAUUUAGAAAAGUGGACACACGCGUAGAGAAAAUUCACACUUUACGUAGAGAAGACAAAACAAAAAGAACAGUUAUACUAAUCCCUCGUACAAGCUUCGAUAAACACGCGACUUACGAACGCGGAAUGUUACGAGAAGCGUGAAACGAGAGCGGGAAACACAUUUACUUUAAGUACAAAUUCAAUUUCGCAAUAUUUUGUUGAAGAGACUGAACUGAAGUGUCGGACUGUCGACGUACGUCACCUAACUAGAGACAACAAUACGUAGAGAGAAAACAAGAGCAAUGAUUUUAUACGAGCUCCUUUACGUAAGGUUUCUUUCAAUCCUCCUCUUCCCAAAAUUUGCGCAGCUUGCAUUAAGCUUAAAGUGUUAAAUUACCGUAAAAAAAAAAAAAAGAUAUCGAUUGUGCGUGUAUGUACG